AACUCCCGCCUGCCAAUAAACAUCAUGGAAGAUCUUCAGAAUGAGCACCAGCGGAUGAUAAGACGCCACCACCGCGAGAAGAAAGAGCUACAGGCCCGUAUCCAGGCCAUGAAAAAUUCGGUCCCCAAGAGCGACAAGAAGAAAAGAAAGCAGUUGCUCCUAGAUGUGGCCCGCCUCGAGGCCGAGAUGGAGCAGAAGCACCAGCAAGAGCUGGAGAAGUUCCAAGAGAGCUUCCCUGACAGCAGCAACCUCGAUUCUGUCACUGAAGAUCUGGCCAAGAUGAAUCUCGAGAACCAGCCUCCCCGGAUCUCGAGGGCACAGAAAAGACGAGAAAGAAGGGCGGCCCUCGAGAGAGAACGCCAGGAGAGGAUCAUGGAGGCCGAAAUGGAGCACCUGGCCAGCUUCCGGCGUGAGGAGGAGGAGAAGCUCGCCAUCAUCCUGGGGGCCAAGAAUCUCGAGAUGAAAGAUAUCCCGGCUGACGGCCACUGCAUGUACCGCGCCAUCCAAGACCAGCUGGUGUUCUCGGUGACCGUGGAGAGCCUGCGUUGCCGCACCGCCGACUACAUGCAGAAGCACGUCGACGACUUCCUGCCCUUCUUCAGCGAUCCCGAAACCGGUGACGCCUAUGGCCGCGAUGAUUUCCUGAGCUAUUGUGACGACAUCGUGCGCAGUGCCUCGUGGGGAGGCCAGCUGGAGCUGAGGGCCCUGUCUCACGUCCUGCAGACCCCCAUCGAGGUGAUCCAGGCCGAUUCGCCGGUCGUGGUCAUCGGGGAGGAGUACACCAGGAAGCCGCUCACCCUCGUCUACCUGCGCUACGGCUGCAGCCUCGGGGAGCACUACAACUCCGUGAAGCCGCUCGAGGCCGGCGCCGCGGGGGGAGCGGCUCCGCGCCUUUUCUAGGCCCGAGCACGCCGCCGAGCGUCGCCUUUGCGGUCGCGGUCGCUGCUGGAGCCAAAGCUGCUGCCCAGUCUCCUCAGUAGGCUCCGUUUUUUUGCUUUUGUUUUUGUUUUUUUUUUUCUGCUUUAUCUUUCUUCAUUUCACUCAAAAUUCACCGGCCUUUCUCUUCCAAUAAUCCCCCCGUCCCCACCCGGCCUUUCCUUCCUUAGCCAUUCUGUCCCCCCAUUCCUUUGUCGUUUCUUUCGGGAGGUGGGGGAUGGGGCUAAUUUCAAGGAAAAUAUCUGCAUUAUUCUACCUGAGAGGCAUAAGUUUGAUAAAAACCUAACCUCUUCUUGCACCUAAGGGUCUUUACCUCCCUCACGACUAAGCAUUGGUCAUGUUGCAUAUAACUUUGGGUUAAAAAUGGAAACGUAUUGCUUGUAGCAUUCUUAAAUUGGGAAAAAUAAGUUCAGUAGAAUAGCUCAGCGUCUUCAGCUUUUCUCAUGAAUACAUCAGAUUACUUAGAUAAAGUUGGAGUUUAUGUGAUCGAAAUGCUUUGUGAAUGCCUUUUGCUGAGUUUUUUGAAAAAAAAUUAUGAUGCUUUGCUUUUUACUUAACCUGUGCUACUCGGGAGAUGUGUCAAGUUUGAACAAGAGCUCGGCUAGUACUUUGUUUUGUUUUUUCAUCAAACCUUGUGUGGUUCCAAAUUAAUUUUAGUUGCUCAGAUGUUUGCUAAAUUCUAAAUAAUGGCGUUUACAUUUGGAAGGUAAAUAUGUUAAAUAUAGAAAACAAAUUUAGAUAAACUGAUAGGCUAGGUAAGGUUUACUCUAAAAUGUGAAAAAUUUGAAUUUCAUUUAUUAAAAGUAGCAAGGGAUAUAACUUUAUUCAGGUAGUUGAUCCAUGUCAUUGUCUGUACAACUGUUACGAAGCAAAGACACGCUGAUAGUUUAACUUACUGUAAGGGGUCAAGAUCUGAAUCUAGUAAGUUUCCUUUAUUCUUGAAGAUAUAAAAGGCUAUGACUUUAUUCAAGUGGUUGAUCCACCUUGUUAUAUACACUGGUAUAAUAUGUGAAAUAUCUCAAUUUUGUAACUUUCCUUAAUUCUUAGAGAUAGCAAAGUAUUAGAAAAGAUUUUUUUAAAGUGUUAAAGUAUUUUAUCUGUUUUGUUAUAUCAACAAUGGACACGAGGCGAAAAACGUGAACAAUAUACCUUUGUUGAUAUUUGAGACUUGUAACAUAUUGAAUUUGCCAAAAGAAAUAGUGAAAGUGAAAUGAUUUGCAGUAAACAAUCUCUUUAAAAUUUAAUGUUCACAUGCUGUAUUUCAGUGAGGUCACUUGAAUUCAUUUAAAAAAUUACUUGUACAUUCCA